AUGACACAUACUGGAGAGAAGCCUUAUAAAUGUGACAUUUGUUGUAAAUCAUUUAUUACAAAUAGUGAUUUAACCGUUCAUAACAGAACACAUACUGGAGAGAAACCUUUCAAAUGUGAUGUUUGUAAUAAGUCCUACUAUUCGAACAGUGAUUUGACUUCACAUAAACGGCUCCACAGUGGAGUGAAACCAUAUCAAUGUGAUUUGUGUGGGAAACUGUUUGCUAUGAAAACCAAUUUAACGUUACACAUAAGAACACAUACAGGAGAAAAACCUUACGAAUGUGAUGUUUGUAGUAAAUCAUUUGCUACAAGCUGUGAAUUAUCAACACAUAAAUGGUCUCAUCUUGGUGAGAAACCUUAUAAAUGUGGUGUUUGUGAUAAAUCAUUUAUUCAGAAGUGUCAAGUUAAGGUACAUUUGAGGAAACAUACUGGAGAAAGACCUUAUAAAUGUGAUGUUUGUAGUAAAACAUUUGUGACAAACAGUGAUUUUAAUUCACAUCUGAAGAAACAUACAGGAGAGAGACCUUAUAUAUGUGGUGUUUGUAGUAAAGCAUUUGUUACAAAGACUGAGUUGACCAGGCAUCUUAGAACACAUACUGGAGAAAGACCUUAUAAAUGUGAUGUUUGUGAUAAAUCAUUUUCCUCCAAAGAAGAAUCUCAUACUGGGGAGAGACCUUUCACAUGUGGUUUCUGUGAUAAAUCAUUUACUACAAAAGGUAAUUUGAUUAGACAUGUGCGGGCACAUACAGGAGAAAAACCUUAUAAAUGUGAUGUUUGUAGUAAAUCAUUUGUAACCAACAGCAUCUUUAUCAUUCAUAUUAGAACACACACUGGAGAGAAACCUUAUAAAUGUGACUUUUGUGAUAAAUCAUUUGUUGGAAGUAAUGACUUGAGAAGACAUAUAAUGGUUCAUACUGGAGACAAACCUUUUAAAUGUGAACUAUGUGAUAGAUCUUUUAUUAGAAAGAAUGUUUUUGAAAAACACAUCAAGACACAUAUUGAAGGGAAGACAUAUAUAUGCCACAUUUGUGGAGAAUCAUUUUGCGAUAACAUUGUUUUCAAGACACAUUUGAAGAGCCACCCCAAAGACAAAUCAUAUAAAUGUGAGAUUUGUCAUAAAUCAUUUAGUACAAAUAGUAAAUUGGUAUUACAUGUAAGAAUACAUACUGGAGAGAAACCUUAUGAAUGUGAUGUUUGUAGUAAAGCAUUUAGUACUCACAGUGAAUUAGUCAGACAUAUAAGGUCACAUACUGGAGAGAAACCUUAUGUUUGUGAUAUUUGUAGUAAAUCUUUUUCUCAAAAGUGUCAUCAUACUCAACAUAUGAGGAAACACACUGGUGUGAAACCAUUUCAAUGUGACGUUUGUGAAAAAUCUUUUUUUACAAAUCGUGAUUUGACUGGUCAUCAACGUAUUCAUACUGGAGAGAAACCUCAUUUAUGUGACAUUUGUGGCAAAUCUUUUGUUAAAAUAAAUAAUUUGAAGAAACAUGCUGCAGUGCACUCUGAAGACAAGCCUUAUAAAUGUAAUGUUUGUAGUAAUUCCUUUAAGUCAUUGUGGAGUAUGAAAGUUCAUUCAAGACGGCAUACAGAAGAUAAACCAUUUGAUUGUGAUGUUUGUAGUAAAUCAUUUUUCACUAAUGGAGAAUUGUCUAGUCAUAUUGCCACUCAUUCUGAUGAGAAACCUUUUAGAUGUGAUGUUUGUAAUAGAGCAUUUACUACAAGUGGAACAUUGACAGUUCACAAGAGAACACAUACCAAAGAAAGACCUUAUAAAUGUGAUAUUUGUACUGAAACUUACAUAACCAGUUCGAAUCUAAAAAGACAUAUUAGAAAAUCACACUUGAAGGAAAUAUUAUAA